UGUAUAAUGAUCCAAUCCCAGGAUAGAGUUGCUGUCACUGGUCGGGGAUUCUUCAUUAUUUCUCCUCAAACAUCUAAAUCCUUGACUAGACAUAGAAACCAUCUUAAUCUCGGCCAUAAAAAGAGACUGAGGGCUUCAGUGUUUGUGGAGAAAAAAAAAAUCAGUUUCAGAGAAGUGAUAGAAAAAAUGAGUUCAUCAAAAACACAGCGAAAAUUGGAAGUAGUUUCUCCAGUUCCUGCCGAUAUAGAUAUCGCCAAUUCUGUCGAGCCUCUUCAUAUCUCAAAGAUCGCAGAUGAGCUUAAUCUAAGCUCUGAUCACUACGAUCCUUAUGGAAAAUACAAGGCUAAGGUUCUUUUAUCAGUGAUUGAUGAGCUUAAAGGAUCUAAAGAUGGGUAUUAUGUUGUUGUUGGAGGAAUUACUCCUACACCUCUUGGUGAAGGUAAAUCUACUACUACAGUUGGUUUAUGCCAGGCUUUGGGAGCUUAUCUUGAUAAAAAGGUUAUGACAUGCCUUCGCCAACCAUCUCAAGGACCUACUUUUGGAAUCAAAGGAGGUGCCGCCGGUGGUGGUUACAGUCAAGUGAUCCCAAUGGAUGAAUUUAAUUUGCACAUGACUGGUGAUAUUCACGCAAUUACAGCUGCAAACAAUCUCUUAGCUGCUGCCAUUGACACUCGAAUAUUCCAUGAAUCAAGUCAAUCAGACAAGGCUCUGUUAAAUAGGUUAUGCCCACCUAACAAAGAAGGGAAGCGUACCUUCGCUGAUAUCAUGUUAAGGCGCUUAAACAAGCUUGGGAUCUCCAAGAGCAGCCCCGGGGACCUCACUCCCCAAGAAAUCAAGAAAUUGGUUAGGCUGGAUAUUGACCCUGAAUCGAUCACGUGGAGGAGAGUUAUGGAUGUGAACGACCGUUUCUUGAGGAAAAUCACAGUCGGGCAAGGACCCGAAGAAAAAGGCAUGACCAGAGAAACGGGAUUCGAUAUCGCAGUUGCUAGUGAGAUAAUGGCAGUUUUGGCCCUCACUACUUCCCUGUCAGACAUGAGAGAGAGGCUGGGAAAGAUGGUGAUAGGAAACAGCAAAGCUGGUGAUCCGAUUACAGCAGAUGAUUUAGGUGUCGGUGGGGCUCUGACUGUGCUGAUGAAGGAUGCUAUAAACCCUACAUUAAUGCAAACUCUUGAGGGAACCCCGGUUCUUGUUCAUGCAGGUCCUUUUGCUAACAUCGCUCACGGGAAUUCAUCAAUUGUAGCAGAUAAAAUUGCGUUAAAACUUGUAGGUCCUGGUGGGUUUGUAGUUACAGAGGCAGGUUUUGGUGCUGAUAUUGGUACUGAAAAGUUCAUGAAUAUAAAGUGCCGGUACAGUGGGUUAACUCCUCAGUGUGCUGUUAUCGUGGCAACAAUAAGGGCAUUGAAAAUGCAUGGUGGUGGGCCUGAAGUCGUUGCUGGGAAGCCUCUUGACCGUGCAUACUUAACCGAGAAUGUGGCUCUGGUUGAAGCUGGUUGUGUGAAUCUGGCUAGGCAUAUUACAAACACGAAAGCGUAUGGGGUGAAUGUGGUGGUUGCAGUUAAUAUGUUCUCAACUGAUUCUGAAGCAGAGAUGACUGCAGUGAGAAAUGCAGCAAUGGCUGCUGGUGCUUUUGAUGCUGUUGUUUGCACACAUCAUGCUCAUGGUGGAAAGGGAGCGGUUGAACUUGGGAUUGCGGUUCAGAAAGCAUGUGAGAAUGUGACACAGCCAAUGAAGUUCCUUUAUCCUUUGGAAUUUAGCAUCAAAGAGAAAAUAGAAGCAAUUGCGAAGUCUUAUGGUGCCUCUGGUGUAAAAUACUCCGAGCAGGCCGAGAAACAGAUCGAAAUGUACAACAAACAAGGAUUCUCCGGUUUACCAAUUUGCAUGGCGAAAACCCAAUAUUCUUUCUCAGAUGUUGCAUCUCAGAAAGGAGCUCCGACUGGUUUCGAGUUGCCAAUCCGCGAUGUGAAAGCCAGUAUAGGAGCAGGAUUUAUUUACCCACUGGUGGGUACUAUGAGUACGAUGCCUGGACUUCCAACGAGACCUUGCUUCUUCGACAUUGAUGUUGACACUACCACUGGAAGGGUUCUAGGUCUUUCAUAAGUGCUGAGGAUUCUCUGUAUCUUCUUUUUUUCCUGCAUGUUUCUUUAAGUGCUUCUUGUAUCUUGCUUGAGAGUUUGAUCUUGCUCUCCAUCAUAUGCAUUCAACUACAUGUUACUGAUCCAGAAAAGAGUUUUCCUGUUCUGGAGAAACAAACUUUUAUGAACUUUAUUUACAGAAUAAUGAAAAUAAAGCAUCAACUGAAUUCAAGACC